GACGUACAGGGUUACAGAGGUUGAUGUUCCCCCGUGGAAAGAGGCAGAGAUCUGUGAUGAGGACCGCACAGGGGGGAGACCAGAUUGUUUUUUAUCCUCGCUUUUUUUUCCUCAUUUUAAUAUUUUAAAUGAAGUUUUAAGUGGGCAUAUCUAGAGUGGGUGCGAACAUAACGGUUCCGUUUUAACCUACGCCCUGUUCUGAACGCCCCCCCCCCCCCUUUUUUUUAUUUCAAUUCAUUUUCGCUUUUACACUUUGACGAGUCUGGAAAUACCAAAGUCCCCCUGUUGGAUCGCAAUGCCGCUGGAUCGCCGCUGUUGGUGAGACGCAGUGAGCUUCCCUCUGCUCCGCUGCUCGGUUUUUUAAGUGAAAAAUGCUUCAUGACGAGGAGGAGCAGGCGGUGACUCCAAGCCCUGCGCAGCACGGGACAGCGGUGCGCAGCAGUGGCCCCUUCACCCUGACCAGCAGCGGCACAGUGGGCCUCCUGCCACCUGCCUACCCUAAAGUGGAGUUCAAGAAAAACGCACUGACUGAUGACUAUAAGAUCACAUCUCAGGUUCUAGGACUGGGAAUCAAUGGCAAGGUGCUGGAGUGUUAUUGUAAGAGGACGGGGGAGAAAUGCGCCCUUAAGAUUCUCUAUGACACACCUAGAGCCAGACGAGAGGUUGAGCUCCACUGGCGAGUGUCAGGAGGCCCCCACAUCGUGAGGAUCCUCAGCCUGUAUGAGAACAUGCACCAGGGGAAGAAAUGUCUCCUCGUUGUGAUGGAGUGCAUGGAGGGAGGGGAGCUGUUCAGCCGCAUCCAGGCCAGAGGGGACCAGGCCUUCACUGAGAGAGAGGUUUCGGAGAUCAUGCACGACAUCGGCACGGCCAUAAAGUAUCUCCACCACGUGGACAUCGCUCACAGAGACGUGAAGCCUGAGAACCUGCUGUACACGACAAAGGACAGCAACGCAACGCUAAAACUGACCGACUUUGGCUUCGCAAAGGAGACCAAAGUGCACAACUCCCUCCAAACCCCCUGUUACACCCCGUAUUAUGUUGCACCGGAAGUGUUGGGGCCAGAGAAAUAUGACAAGUCAUGUGAUAUGUGGUCUCUGGGGGUCAUCAUGUACAUCCUACUCUGUGGAUUCCCCCCCUUCUACUCCAACACAGGUCAGGCCAUUUCUCCAGGAAUGAAGCAGAGGAUCAGACUGGGCCAGUAUAAAUUUCCUAACCCUGAGUGGGCCGACGUUUCUGAGGAAGCCAAGCAGCUGAUCGUUCAGCUGCUGAAGACAGACCCCAGUGAGAGGAUGACCAUCAGCCAGUUCAUGAACCAUCCCUGGAUCAGCCAGUCCAUGGUGGUCCCACAAACGCCUCUGCACACAUCUCGGAUUCUGACAGAAGAGAUGGAGCUGUGGGACGGCGUGAAGGAGGGGAUGACCAGCGCCCUGGCCAGCAUGCGCGUCGACUACGACCAGGUGAAGAUCAAGGACCUGGACAUGUCCAACAACCCUCUGCUGAACAAGAGACGCAACAGGCUGACGCCCAGGCCGACGGGCAACGCGGAGGGAGCGGACAGAGGAAGCAGGGAUGGAUGGCUGCCGCGUUACCGUCAGGGAGAGGACGCAUGUGAUAGGAUUGAUGAUACGGAUUUCUGGACUGAAAUAGUGUAAAAGCAAACUGUAGGCCCAAUUCCAUCCUCACAUCAUAUACCUUCUGUGUUUCUACUUGUUUCUCAUUACUCAAUAGUGUGUGUGUGUGUGUGUGUGUGUGUGUGUGUGUGUGUG